AUGUCCACUGCUACCGAAACCCAGUCUCUCCGCAAGACUCACCGCAUAAAGAGCCCCUCCAUGUCCGAGAAGAAUGUUCAACUGAGAAGAGAAGGCUCAGGUUAUGUUGAAACGUCCACGGAAGACAGAUUCUUCUGGACAUAUACGGAGGAGCCACAUCGAACCCGCCGCCAGGCCAUCAUCAAAGCACACAAAGACGUCCUCCAGCUUUGCGGACCAGAACCGCUCACGAAAUACCUAGUACUUGCAGUCGUGCUGCUACAGAUUGCCUGUGCAAGCCUACUGAGGAACAGUUCUGUGUUCUCCUGGCCGUUCCUCCUCACAGCCUACGUCGUUGGAGCCACUGCAAAUCAGAACCUCUUCCUGGCAAUACACGAGAUCAGUCACAAUCUCGCCUUCCGAACGCCGGUCUACAACAGGCUCUUUGCCAUCUUUGCCAAUCUUCCGAUUGGCUUACCCUACUCUGCUGGUUUCCGGCAGUACCAUUUGACUCACCACAAAUCGUUGGGCGUCGAUGGCGUCGAUACCGAUCUGCCUACGGCGCUUGAAGCCGUGUUCUUGGACUCAGUGCUGGGAAAGGCCUUUUUUUGCACGUUCCAACUGAUUUUCUACGCAAUCAGACCCAUGAUGGUGUAUAAGAUACCGUUUGGCCCGAUCCAUUAUUGCAACAUUGCUGCACAGAUCAUCUUCGACAUUCUCAUCCUUCGAUAUCUUGGUCCGAAUGCUCUCAUCUAUCUCGUCAUGAGCUCAUUUUUGGCUGGCUCUCUUCAUCCCUGCGCAGCUCACUUCAUUUCUGAGCACUACGUCUUCGCCAAAUCCACCUUGGUGAACGGCAAGAUGCCAAAAGACGUGCCCAUUCCCGAGACAUUUUCAUAUUAUGGACCACUAAACAUCCUCACCUAUAAUGUUGGUUAUCAUAAUGAGCACCACGAUUUCCCUGCAAUACCUUGGACCAGGUUACCCAAGGUGUAUGAGAUCGCUCGGGAGUUCUAUGAGCCCCUGCCGUGCCACAAGAGCUGGCCCUUAGUGUUGUGGCAAUUCAUAACUGAUAAGGAGGUGGGGAUGUGGUGUCGUGUGAAGCGAGCAGAAGGUGGAAGGAUUGUUGGAGGAUGGCAGGAUGGAGAAGUACAGAGUUGA